AUGGGUUGGAAGUAGUUAGAACCUACCACCAUCACAUCCUACCCACAGUUGUCAUUGUCCCGCGUCACGUUUUACAUCGCGACAAAUAACACUAAACGUGCUUGUACACGCGGUCUAUUUGACACAUUAUAUUAUGGUGAUUUUAUAAUGUUUGGGUGGUCUACUGGUAUCAUUGUUUCAGGAUUGUUUUCCAUUGUUUGACCCAACACAAAUCACUUUGUUUAUUUGGGAAAAAGUGUUGUGUUUGUUAUUAUUUCCUCAAAAAAGUGUUUUUUUAUGGUCAACUGGUACUUUGUUUGUGAUGAGUGAACACAAUCGAUACAAUAGUGUUAAAGCAGUUGACAAGGACAAAAAGUUUAAUCGAUUGUCACUUGGGCACUUUGUUACACUUGGAAUGCCUUCGUCAUAUCUAUUUUAAUUUCAUAAAAAUAAUAAUAACAAUAAUAAUAGUAAUAGAAGAUGGACAAGAGUAGUUAAAGUUUGUUUAAUUUAAAUGAAAGAUGCCGCGUCUGUCAGUGGAUUCGUGCACUUGAAAUGUGUUAACAUUGUUACCUUUUGGUGGAAUUGUUUCUGGUGCUUCUGAUGCUAGAUGUUGGAUGCUGAUGCUUUUGCUUCAGUUGAUACCACCACAUGCUAACACAUACCGCAUUAAAUGUACUAGUAUAUCUAUACAUAUAUAUACAUAUGUAGAUAUAUAUAUAAAUGGGAGAUGUGUGUCAACAGUGAGCCAGUGAGUUGGUGGUAAGUGAGUGCGGGUGAGGGUAAGGGUGCGUGAGUGUGGAGGAUUAAAGCUGUCACAGUGCUGGUGAACAAACAACGGGUCCAUGAUUUCCGACGAAAAUUUCGACCGUAUGUUCGGGUACGUGAUGGCAACCCAAUUGAAACUGAGGAAUAAUCAUAACAUAGGCAAUGAAGAUGGAUGCCAAAGAUGGAAAAAGCUCCUCGUUUAUGGAUUCGUUAUGAUAAUUGUGGGUGUGGCGCCCAAUGUAAGCAGCCAGUCCGCUGAAUGCCCACCGAGUGAACAGAUUCCGGGUUGUCCUUGUUAUAAUUUUGAGGAUGGCCUGUUUCUGGAGUGCGCAGGGGCCAAUGAGGACACGUUGAGGAAGACUAUGCAGAGUGUUUUGAAUGAAGGAGGUCCGACGACGGUGGUCCAGUCACUGAGUAUCUACGAGCUUGACAAAAGCAUAGUGGAGCUACGUCUAAGAUCUUUUCCUCCAGGCUCUAAAAUUAGGCAUCUUCAGAUCUCUCAUUCGUAUGUACACGAUGUGCAUGAGAAAGCGUUCAUUCCUAUUAAGGAUAGUCUAGAAUCACUAGCUAUAGUAUCCAGCCGACUGACUCAAGUCCCUCAGAAAUCUCUCGCUGAGCUCCACAAGCUGGCAGCUCUAGAUCUUGAAAACAAUCUAAUCCAAGAUCUGCCGUCCUAUUGUUUCUGGGGCCUCAAACUACUGAAGCUCAGUCUAAAAGGCAACAUGAUCUCCAAGAUAUCUGAACACAGCUACGCUGGUCUAGAGGCCACACUAAGCGAUCUGGACCUUUCAGAAAACAAGCUGAAUCUCUUUCCCAUGUCAGCAUUGCGUCGCCUAGAAAAUCUGGCGACCCUUCGUCUGGCUUGGAACGAAAUCUCCCAACUGCCUGAUGAUGGCUACUCAAGGCUCUCAGGUCUUCUGAUCCUAGAUCUCAGUAGCAAUAAUUUUGACGAAUUGACUUUUGAUUGUUUCGCUCCCUGCCCAUAUUUACAAACUCUGUCCCUUUACUACAAUUCCAUUGAAACCGUCCACAAGGACGCUUUUAUUUCCCUGACUGACCUCGAGUCCAUUGAUCUUAGCCACAACAAAAUUGUCUUUCUGGACACUUCAACCUUCAAAUCUAAUCCCAGACUUCGCAACAUCGAGCUGAGUCACAACCACAUUCACUACAUGAGCGGUGUCUUCAGUCGGCUUCCAGAGCUCCGUGAAGUUUAUUUGGCAGAAAACAACAUUCUGGAACUUCCCGCGGAAUCAUUUGUUGGUAGUGAUAAUCUUGCUGUGAUUUACCUCCAACAGAACGCAAUCCGCCGCGUAGAUGCAAGAGGUUUAGCAAGCUUACACCAACUUACCCAAUUACACUUGUCCAACAACUUCAUUGAAAGCAUCCCAAUUGACUUUUUCACCACCUGCGGCAACUUGACCGCAGUCUCGCUCGAUGGGAAUCGGAUCUCGGACCUCAAGCCCGGAACUUUCGGUCAAACCAAUCAACUACGCGAGCUACGUCUCCAAGAAAAUCGAAUCACUCUUAUAAAACGUGGAGUCUUUACGCCCCUAAAUGAGCUUCUGGAACUCCAUCUCCAAAACAACGCAAUCGUUGGCAUAGAAACUGGUGCCUUGAAGACAUUGAAUUCAUUGCAACACAUAAAUUUACAAGGCAAUCAGUUGACAUCUCUAGGGGACGUGUUUCAAUUGUCUGGAUCGGGGGGGUCAGAUACUCCAGCCGGAUCACUCGUAUCGAUUCAAUUAGACAGUAACGGACUGGCCGUGUUGCACAACGAUUCCUUGCGUGGACAGGCGUCAGUGAGAAUUAUGUGGCUCGGACAUAAUCGGCUUACGCACUUACAAGCUGCUUUGUUCCGUGACCUCCUUUUAGUGGAACGUCUCUAUCUCACAAACAAUUCGAUAGCUUCAAUCGAGGACUCAGCAUUUAAGCCAAUGCAGGCAUUGAAAUUUAUCGAACUGAGUAUGAAUCGACUGGAGCGAAUUACUACACGGACUUUCGCGGAAUUACAUGAGCUAGAAGAGCUUUAUCUCCAGGACAAUGGCUUGCGUUUUUUGGAAGCUUAUGCUCUGACUGCUUUGAAAAAGCUGCGGAUUCUUGAUCUGGCAAACAAUCAUUUGACUAAAUUGCAUGCCGCGAUGUUCCUACAUGAGCUACCUAUCAGAAUUAUCAAUUUAAGAAACUGUUCGAUUAUUUCUGUUGACAAUGGGACCUUCGCUGACUUGCAUCAGCUGCAGGAAUUGAACUUGGAUCAAAACUUCCUGACUGCGGAAGCGCUAACGCAGCUGGAAAUAUCAAGUCUCAAAAGUCUGACUGUGGCCCAGAAUAAUUUUACUUACUUGAGCGAGCGGAAUUUCCGCGGGCUGCCGAACUUGCAAGAACUUGUUCUAGAUAAUGUGGAACUAGUGCAUUUGGAAGAGACGACAUUCAAGUGGAAUUUAAAUUUAACGAGGCUGCAGCUGGACAACAACUCACUGCGUAAUUUACCAUCGGGUAUUUUUGAACACUUUGGGCAGUUGAGGGAGCUUCAGAUUAAUUACAACCGUAUGAUGGAAGUUCCGUACGCUUCGCUAUUGAACGUUGACAAUUUGGAGAUUCUAUCUCUUGCACACAACUGGAUUGUCACUGUGGACAUGGGAAGUCUGACCAACGUCGUCUACUUAAGGGAACUAGAUCUGAGUAACAAUCGAAUCGAAUCAUUGUUUGGAUUUGCGAUGUCCAAUUUGACGCGUCUAUUGGCCGUUGAUUUGAGCAACAAUUAUUUGUCUGCAUUGCCAGCUAAUUUUUUCAUAAACUCACCGUUACUUAGGCGCGUUGAUUUGUCGGAAAACAAAUUCCUACAGUUACCAGCAGUUGCGUUGUCUGGACAAAAUUUGCCAGGAUUGACGUGGCUAAAUCUCACACGGAAUCCUCUACUGAGAAUCCACGAACUUCCUGCCGAUGCGAUUUACCCUCAACUUCAAGAAAUCUAUAUCACGGGAACCAAUUUGUCAAUAGUGACGAGCCAGGACUUUGAAGCAUUUCCAGCAUUGAUGCAUCUAUUUUUAGGCAAAAAUUGCAUCCAACGUGUUUCUCCGGGCGCAUUUCGGGCUCUACCAAAUUUACUUACUCUCCAUUUGGGCGCCAAUAACUUGGAAUUACUUCCCAAGGAGCGUUUGCAAGGGAUGGAAUACUUAAGAAUCCUCAAUCUGACCCGCAAUCGGCUUAAGGAAUUGGAAGAAUUUCCAGCAGAUUUAAAAAUGCUACAGGUUCUUGAUUUGUCAUACAAUCACAUUGGGGUUGUGGGAAAGGAAACCUUCAAAAAUUUGAUCAAUUUGGUCGAGCUGCAUUUGUAUGGUAACUGGAUAAAUGCAAUUUCUAAUGAAGCCUUCCGACCACUUAAAAAAUUACGGCUAUUGGAUUUGAGUAGAAAUUAUUUGGAAAAUUUGCCAUUGAAUGCAUUCAGACCUUUAGAGACGCAAAUAAGAAGCCUACGAACUGAAGAAAAUCCACUGCAUUGUGGGUGUGAAUCACAAGAACUAUGGGAAUGGCUACGUGACCAUCAAAAGUUAGUGGGUAUUGACCAUCGUAACAGCAAUAACCGUGUCGGUAUGCAAUCUAUCGACUCAUCUGCCGCGUCGUCAACUUCGACCGGGUCUUUGCGUUGCGAGCAGCCGCCAGAAUUGCGUGGUCUAGUGUUUCUUGACCUUGAUCCACGUGCCUUUUGUUCAUCGCCUCUUGUCAUCAAGCUCGCUAUUCAAGACAUCCAGCCAUUCUCCGUUCUAGUUUCCUGGCAAAGUCGCAAUCACUCUGGUUUACAUGGAUACCAAGUUGCCUAUCAUACUUUGGACAAUGUCAACGAGAUACGAGGUAAAUUACUGGAUCCAAAAGCUCGUUCUGUCCAAUUAUCGAAACUUCAGCCAAGUACCCAGUAUCUAAUAUGCGUAUUAGGCCUCGGAAAUUGGAUGACGCCACUACCAGAAGAUUUAACAUCCCUGCAGUGGAAUACUACUGAUGAUUUACUAGACACUACCACAACAUCUUUAGCCCACCCAGUAAUGGUUAAUUCUCCCAUGACCCGUUGCACAGAAGUAAAAACACUGGAUGCUCCUGAUUCAAUUUUAACCGGCGACACAACUUCCGAGCGUACAGGAUUAACAAAUAUAUUAACGCGUCGUUUGGGUUUAAUUGUCGGUAGCUGUAUGGGUUUCAUUGUUUUUAUUGUCCUGGUAUCGAUACUCGGUUACAUGAAAAUGAAAAAACAAAGAGCGGCUAUGAAACGGGAACAGCCAUUGGCGCCCAAUCCACCGGAGUAUAUGUCAUAUCGUCAUUUUUCACUCCAAAGCGGUGAUAGGCUAGACAACAAUAAUCCAUGCCCAAGUUUCAUUACCAAUAUUGGCACUACAACGCUCAAUACGUAGCAUAAAUUUAAUAUUAUUAAUGAUAGUAAUUAUUCCGGUGUCGUACGUGACAUCGAAAUGAUUACUAUCAAAGAUUGCAAUAGUAUUUUUCGAUAACUGACUUUAAUGGAUUAAUGUUAUUGUCAUUAUUGUUAUUAUUAUUAUUAUUAUUUUGCUACUUAAAUUAUACCGUUCCAUGAGAAAAAUGUUAGGUAAGGAAUCAAUAAAAUAUUUUCGUGCCUGGUAUUCUUCCUGGUGGAUCCGAAUUACAGUAAAUUACUAAAAAAUUAUGGUAGGUAUCAUAAAUUACAGUAGAUACCGUUAAGUACGGUAAUUUACGGUGUUCAGAAAAAUUACAGUACCGUACUUUUAUGGUAUUGUUUCAUAAAAUAAAGGAUUUCACUGUACAAUCGGACCUUGCAACAUUGUACCGUAAAAUACCAUAAGGUACACCGUAAGGUAUUUAGCAAUACUGUAUACGGAGAGAAAAAUAUUGUCAGAAUGACUAUCCAAUCCCAUAUAACUAUCUUAUUGCAAUCUUGCCCAAGCCUGUCCACCAGUACACUAGUUGUCUACGUCUUUAUAUAACUAUAGAUUUUGCUGCAGACACUGGUACAAAGUUUUAAAUUGCAAGUCUUGUGUAAAACUUUAAAAAAACUGUGUUAUGUUGUACUUGAAGAAUUGUGCAAAAAUAUAAGAUAUCUUGCUCAAGGUGCAUUGGUACAGUGGCUUGAGCUAAUCUUGCACCAGAAAUUACUUGCAGACACUAACGCAUAUCUUGCGCCAGAUUUGUUCGAGAAGUCUUAGAUUACACUCUCUAUCUCAUUUCCUUCUCUGCCACUUUAUCCCUUACGUUGGCUUACGAUACAAGAUCCCGGGGUGAAGUGACAGAGAUAGAUGUGAGAUAGAGAGUGUAAUCUAAGACUUCUUAAGCAAAUCUGGCGCGAGACAUGCGUUAGUGUCUGCAAGUAAUUUCUGGUGCAAGACUUGCUUAAGAUACGCGUAAGUAACUUUACUAACACAUCUUGAGCAAGACAUCUUCAAUAUUCUUUUGUACAAUAUCAUGUACAAGUCUUACAACAAUCUUGUCUUAAAAUCUUGCAUUAAAAUCUUGUGAUAAAUUUAUAGAUUUAUAAAGACAUAGACACCUAGGGUCUUCCGCAAGAUACUUUCAUAAGAAUAAUACAAGGCUAUUACAAGAUUGUCUUAUGUACGUCAUCUUGGGCAAGUUCAUGUUGUAUCUAUCAAAAGAUUCUUGUGAUCAAUGCCUUGACCUGCUGGUCAAGGAAACUGCAACUUGCAACGUGCAAUUUGUCAUAAAAAUUGUUGCAUGGGAUGCAUCUUCAAAUGACGUAUCAUCAAAAUAACUCAUCCCCUCUCUGCGUAAACCUCGUAACUACAUUUUUUUCAUAAUUAAAAUUAUGAGUGAAAAACAUUCUUUAGUACUGCUAUUGCGUAAAAAAAAGCUUCAAAUUUUAAUAAUUAUAACAGAAUGUUCGAAAGACUUUUGAAUUUUAAUAUUACCGUUAACGCACGUGUAACAGAAUAGAUGUUUUGACCGGUUUCUGAAAAAAUUAUAAUUUGGCAGUUACGAGAUUUACCCAGAAAUGGGACGAAAUAACUUUUGUAAACAUAUGUAGUUUUAUUGAUACAGGUAACUGUUUUGCCAGCGUGAGGAUCCGUGUAGCUAAAUUGACUAUACGACAGAUCGUUCUUGGUUACCUAAAUCAUAGAGUUUUCGCAAUAGGCAUGUCAGAGAUUUAUAUAACGCCUAAAAUAAGGACACGAUCGUCAUUUUGACGAUCCACUGUGAGGAAACUCUGUAUGCUGAAUUGGCUAUACGGCGUAUCAUUAAGUAAAAUGAGUAUACAGCGUAUAGCUAGAAUAGUGAUACGUAUACUUAUUCUGACAACAUUUUUCUCUCCAUGUACUUCGUUUUACAGUAAAACAUCAUAUUUUGCUUUAAAAUAUGGUAAUUUACCGUUAAGACGGUAGAAUAUGGUAAGUUACUGUAAUUCGAAUCCGCUGGGACUCGGUGUACGGAACUUAAACGAAUACGCAUACCGAGAUAUGAAAUUGAAAAGAAACGAAAAGUUGAAAAGCAAUAGGACGAUAUAGAAAAGAAAAUUUUUGUUGUUUGGUUAAAUCGAGACUCGUGAAACCGAUCUCUUGGAUGUCGAAAAAAAAAUACAUACUUAAAGUUUUUAUAUAUGAACAAGUUGUAUCAUAAGACAGUAGAAAAAUAAAGGUUUGAAGCUAAAGAUCAAUAGUUUUCGCUGGGAAUUGCUCAUUAUUAGUCGGGUAAUAAUGAGAAGUCAGAGCUCGAAAAGUUAGAAAUGGAAAAAACUCGUUUGUUAGGUUUUACAUUUUGAGUUGUAACUUUGUUGGAAAAUUAUUGAGGUUAAUUUUGGCAAAGUCUUUUUAAUGAACCUCCUUUUCACGAUUGAAGAAGCUGGUCAUUAAAGUAUGAAGAUUUAACCUCAAAGUAUAAGCUUUCAAGGUAUGUAAUCGAAAUCUGUGAGAAAUGUUAUUCCAAGUAAUGCUAUGACCAAAAGGUAUAAAAAAUUAAUAACUUAAAAAUUAAUUUAUUUCAUUUCAUUUUAUUUAUUUUUUUUUUUUUGUUUAAAAAAUUAUAGCCGUUAAAUAUAUAAAUAGCAAUGUAUAGUAAAAAAAAAUUCAAACAACGAUGCGCUAAAUUAAACGCAAUCUUUGUAUCUCUUGCAUUGAAGACUGAUUUUCUAUUAACGCUCUUAAUAAUUAAUUAAAUUUGUUUACAUUUUUUUUACAAUUAAAAUUUAAUUAAAUAUAUAUAUAGAUUUAUUGAUAAUGUUUAAUGAUAAAUUAUAAUCGAUGUAAAUAAUUUAUUAUAUAUAUAUAAGAUAGAAUACCACUUAUAUAUAUUAGGGUGUUUCAAAAAAAAAAAAUUUUUUCUUAUGGUCUUAAAAGUUGGUUUUAAGUACAAACAAAAAAAAGCUCCCAAAAGAGCCGCUCGAAAUCUCAAUCCCACUAAGAGCUCAACGAUUAUUCAUUUUCCCAUUUAAAUUGCAUGUAAAAAAAUUUUUUUCGAAAAUCAAAGGACUCAUGUUUGUAGGAAAUUAAAUUCUCUACAAAAAAGUGUUCAAGUCUUUUUUUCGUAGUACUAACAGAAAAAAAAGUUAUGAAGCUUUAAACUAUAUUAUAUAGUAUAACUAUGUUUUUAUAUUAUAUUAAGAUAGUUUACUCGCAAACCGACUUUUCAAAAGAAUUUCAUGUCAUUAAAAUAUGAUAUCAAGAUAGAUGCCCUGCAUGUAAUUUUAAAAAAUCAGAUUUUUUGAUCGUUUGUAAGGCGAGAUAUUGACAAUCAAAGUGAAUACAGUUAACAUGUAGUAGCUCGAACUAACCUAAAAAAAAUCAAAUUUUCACGUAUAUUUCAAAUUAUUUUGCUUAAGAAUCUUCCAAAAACUAACAGAUUAUAGAAAAAAAAAAUUUUUAAUUUUAAAAAAUUUUAGAAUAAUUUUACUACCGAUAAGUAAAAUAAAACAGUUAUCAAUAAUCAAAGAAAUCUGUCUCACAAUUUCAAAUGAGAAAAAGCGAGUAAGCGAUAUCAAGUAAAAGAGGAAGCAAUAGCGAGUGAGAGAGUAAGCAAUAGCACACACUAUAGAUCGCGAGUGAAUUACCUUAAACAGUUUUUUAACAUAAAUUUAGGUUUUUUGGUUUGAGCUAAUGCCAUCUGUGAAAUUUUUUUGGACACGCGAAAAAAACGUUCUGACUUUCAAAACAGAACCUUUCUUUAAAUAUAAAAAAACAGAAAGAAAAAUGUUAAUUCUUAAAAAAAUUCUUUUUCUAUCAAAAUUCAUACGGAAAAUAAGUAAGAUCAGAAAUAUUUUUAAAACAGGUGACUGAUAACACAUAAUAUAUGGAUUUAUCGUAUGUACAUGUAUAUGCAACAAAUUCCGGAAAUUAUCUUUAAAACUAUGAAUACGUUGAGUUUUUAAAUUCACGAUUGUUUCAAGCGUAAUAACUUUUUUUCUGUUAGUUGCACAAAGAAACACUCAAAUACUUUUUUGUAGAGAAUUAAAUUUUCUACGAGACCAUGUACUUUGAUAUUCAUAAAAAAUGUAUUUAACCCUUUUAUUUAUAAAAAACAAAAAUAAAAUUUUUUCACAGGUAAUUCAAAGGAGAGAAUUACUAUUCGUUGAGCUCUUAGUAGGAUUGAGAUAUCGAGCUGCUCUUCUGGGACGAAUUUUUUAAAACCUAAGACUAAAUUUGAAGACCAUAAGACUUGAAAAAAAAAAUAAAAUGUUUUUAUUGAAACACCUUAAUAUAUAUAAAUAUAUAUAAUCGAUUUGUAAAUAUGUUCGAUUAAAAAUAUGAGCAAAAAUUAAAUAAGUCAAUUGGUGACUAUAAUGAGCAAUAAUAAUUAAUUUUAAAAAAAUUGAUUAUUGAAAAAAAAAAUUAAAUAACGAUAAUUGUUGAGUUUUUGUCAAGUGAUUCCUGCCAGAAAAUAAUUCAUAAAUCCCUGUAGCUCAAGUCACACUGUAUUUAUCAGUAAUUAAUUAAUUUUUAUGUAACAUUAUUAAUAGAAAUUUAUUAAUUGUAUAUAUACAUAGAUAUACAUAUAUAUUAUAGGAAUAUUAAAAUAAUUAAAUG